GUAUAUAUUAGGAACGGAAUAAAUAAAUUUCAGUUACAAAAAAAAAUGACUAUAUUUACGAAUAGAAUAAACAGAAAUGAUAUUUCAGCAGAGAAUAUUAUGAAAGAUAGAUUGGAAAACCCAGUGACAAUUUCAUCGCCAGCUGUUCUUUCUUUAAUUAAACAUUAUAAUAUUACUAAUCCUUUUGAAAUCAAAACAACAGGUCCUCAAGGAAGAUUGCUAAAAGGAGAUAUUCUUGCAUAUGUCGGCGCAAUAAAUAGAGAUUUUCCUUUAAAAUUAGUAAAAAUUAUUGAGGAAAAAGAAAAGUUAGAUCUUAAUAAUCUAAAAAUAAAACCAAAACAACCUAUAGAAAAUUCAUUUAUUUCAAUAAUUAUUCCUGUUUCUCUUAAAUCUUUUUUAUCAAUGAAAGAAAGUGUUAAUGAAAAAUUAAAUAUUAAAAUGGAACUUUCGGAUUUAAUGAACAAAGCUAUCUACAAGGGAACCCAAAAAGUACCUUCUAUUUUUCUUAAAAAACCAUCUACACAAGAAAUUUUGUUUUCUAAUGUUUUAGGAGAAAUUCCAAAAUAUUAUGACUGUAUAAAUCUCAAUAUAAAUGAUAGAGACUUCCAAAUUGAUUAUAUUAAAGAUGAGAAAACAAAAGUGUUAUGGGCAUCACCUAAAAUUAUUCGUUUUGGAAAUAUAAUAUUUCCUUCCUCUAUAUCAUUAAGUUUAGAGGAAAUUCUUGAAGUUCCAAAACAAAAUUUAAAAAAGCCUAAAGAAAAUUUAGAUAUAAUAGAUUUUUUAGCAGGAAAUAUAUUCGAUAAAUCAUCUAUGUCUACCAAAGAAAAAUACACUAACUAUACAAUAUUUAUAAGGAUAAAACUGGAUAAAUCUUACACAGAUAUUCAUGUUGCGAAGACUUUUAUUAAGGAAUUAAAAAGCUACAUCGAAACUCCAGAAACCUUAUUGUUAUAAGCUAAAUUUAUUUUAUGAUAAGAUAUUUUUAAAUUUAAUUCAUUUA